GGACAGCGCGAGCGCUGUGCGAGCCGGAGGCCACUCGGUCGAUUUAUCCAACAAAUGUCUGUCCGUCUCUCUCUUUCUCCAACUCUCCGGGACCGCUCAACGAUUUGUCUUUCCCUUUGAAAUGUCAAUUACGCACGUUAGUUACAUUCAAACGACAGCGGAGCGGGGGAACGUGUUGACAGAAACCUUGUUUGUUUAUUGACCAGACGCGCCAACUUUUAGGGAAUAACUGAAAAUGGCGAUGUGCUUGUUAAAACGUUUGCGGCGUCCCGGUCGUUAAAGCGGCAGCAGUUGUCAUUUCCCUUUUGUUUUCUUUAUUUUAAGUUGGAUUCUAGUUUAAUUAAUUUAAUUUAGUUACCCCUAACCACAAACGAUUCGGGAAAGAGGUGUGUUGGCGGACAGAGUUUUGACUGGAAAGUAAUGGAAAAUGAUGAGCCUGCAUCACCGGACCCGAGCCAUGACAGCACUCAGAGUAAAAGAGGAAAUCCAGUGCACAAGAAAUCCCAUCUAACUCAGAUUGAGGUGAUCCCAUGUAAGAUCUGUGGAGAUAAGUCAUCAGGGGUUCAUUAUGGAGUUAUCACUUGUGAGGGCUGCAAGGGCUUCUUCCGCAGAAGUCAGUCCUCCAGCGUGCAGUACUCCUGCUCCAGACAGAGCAACUGCCCUAUUGACCGUGCCAGCCGUAACCGCUGCCAGAGCUGCCGUCUCAAAAAAUGUGUCGCUCAGGGAAUGAGCCGCGAUGCGGUGAAGUUUGGCCGGAUGUCUAAGCGCCAGAGAGACUCUCUGUUUGCAGAAGUUGAGAGACACCGGCAGCAGCAGCGACUUCAGGCCAACUCAGUCCAAGAGCCCCAGCCUCUUCCAGCCUACCGAUCCAGCAAAGAGCCCAGAGAACAGUCAUCACAUCUCAUCCCAGCUCUACCUCCAGCUUACCCUUACUCUGUAGAGCCUGAACUGCAAGGCUGCCCUCCAGAGGUGCAUCCAUACCUGGAUUGUCGCAUAGGCGAGGCCCAGGCUCAGAGUCUGGCCUACAGGGGCUCCCACAGGAGAGGAUUUGACUCCACAACGUCUACACCAGAGGCUAUUCUGAACAUGAGUGGCAGUGCAGUGGGCAUUCGUCCUUUUGACCCUGAGAGUUCGUUCUUUUCUUACCCGACAUCUCUGCACAUAGAGGAGCUCUCUGCGAGUAUCGUACGUUCCCACAGAGAGACGACUCAGUAUCGACCGGAGGAGCUGCAGGCUCUCAGAUGGAAGGUUUUUAGCAGGGAGGAGAUCCACGCUUACCAGAGCAAAUCGGUGGAUGAGAUGUGGCAGCACUGUGCGGUGCGGUUGACCGAUGCUGUUCAGUACGUGGUGGAGUUUGCUAAACGUAUCCCUGGAUUCCGCCAGCUUGGUCAGAAUGAUCAAAUUGCUCUCCUCAAGAGUGGGUCCAUGGAAGUGGUUCUGGUCCGGAUGAGUCGGAUGUUUAACACAGAAAACAACACAGUAUUCUUUGACGGCAAAUUUGCAGGAACAGAACUUUUCAAAUCCCUUGCAUGUGGUGAUCUGAUAGCUGCUGUAUUUGACUUUGCUCACAAUCUGUGUGCGCUGAGACUGACUGAACAGCAGAUGGCAGUGUUCACUGCACUGGUCCUCCUCAAUGCAGACCGACCGUGUCUGGAGGACAGAGAACGAGUGCAGAGAGCCAGGAGAGAUGUGGAGCUUGCCCUUAGUCACAUUCUGCACAGAGACAAUCAGGAGAGUCUACUGCAUAAGCUGUAUCAAAGAGUCCAGGUGCUGAAGUCUCUGUGUGCACUGCAUAUUGAGAAACUGCGAUGGUUCCGGCAGCUUUACCCUCUCACGGUGCAUUCCCUCUUCCCUCCGCUAUACAAAGAGCUGUUCGGCUCUGACACAGAUAUACAGACGCUGACUACUCAUUGAACACACACACAGGCACAUUUCUUUUGCAAAUGUAGACAACACACACACACAGUUACAAAUAGUGUAUGCAAUCUAGAUCUAAAUAUAUUAUUUAUCUGCUGAAGAAAUAAAAUAUAUUUUUGUAACUCUCAGAAGAACAGAAAAUAAUAUUAACAGACGUAUGCAGUAUUUUGUAGGCCAAAAGCAAAAUAUUACUACAAAUGCUAUUCAGUUUGAGUAUUCUUAAACUUUUUUUUUUGUUUGUCUGAGGAUGUAUUUUAAUGUUUUUGAAGUUGUUGAUGAUCCUAGCUGGUAUAAAGGAGCUUUAGCUCUGAUCGUUAGAAUGUGAUUUAUAAAGCUGAUCAGUUUUGAGACCAGCAAACAGCAGAUUACAAAUGAUAUCUGCAGAUCUCAAAGCAUCAUUGAAGAACUGGUAGUAUGAUUUUCAAGCUUCAUUUACAUUAGAGUUCCCCCUUCUCUCCUCCUUCUUGAUUUCUCAGGCAGUACAGACAGAGACAUGAAUGCUUAAUGACUUCUGCUACUCAUAGCCUAUUACAUUAUUGCAUUAAUUUAAAUAUGAUCUAUUUUGACACCUUACGUAUCAGCUUUUUUUGUACUCCCCUGCUGUUAAAGCUUGUCUUGGCACUUAUAAUGCUUAUCUUUCAUUCGUGGAUCAUGUUCUUGAAUUCACCAUUCCCUUCAAACAGACCAUCUUAAGAUGUGUCUUUGGAUUUUCUCUGUGUAUUCAAUCAUUUGAAGAAUUUAUGCUCAAAGGUCUAAAAAUGUAUAGAAUACUUCUAUGGAAUAAAAUAUAAUGCUCUUAUUCAAUAUGCUUGUGUAGACAUUUAGAUUGACAACAGUUCUACUUUGUCUUAAUUGCACAGUUUAAUUUGUGGAAAUCUAUAAACAAAUGUCCAUAUGUUUAUUUGCGGGAGUAUGUGUGCUUUAUAAAUCUGUGUUUAUCAAAAGUCUCUGUGCAUUUUCCGUAAACGUUCUAGUUUUUAUUUUUGGUGCGGUUUCUGUUCCAUGUUUUAUUUUGCGUCAACUUUAACUUAUCACUCACACAGAGGAUGAAACCCUGUUAUUCUUUUGUUUUUGUUCUGUUUUGGAGCAUAAAUACUUGUUUGCUCUCUGUUGUGUUGCUUCGCAGAAAAGGCCUAAAAUAAACUUCUGAAAAGUAUAAAGGCUGGGACUGUAUCCAGGAAAAAUAUCAAGUGUUUCCCCGUUCCUUUGAAUUGUGAGCAAAGGCUGAAAUCUGUUGUUUUCUGAGUUUUUACUGACUCAUCUGACUCACACAGAUGUCAUGCAGCCCUCACUGCUCACUUUCUAAUUGUUUUUACAUUUAUAGAUCUCAUAACAACAUUAUUUGUUAGAAUUGCACCAAAACAAAUGUUUCCACAUUUCUCAUAAAAAAGAAAAAAAAAGAAAACCAAAUUCAUUUGGUUUUCAUUAGGUUUAAACACAUGAUCAUCUGAAUCACAGCAGACUAGAAAGGCUUUGUCAUACGCAAGCACGAUGGGGUGAAUUUAUCCUUAAGAGACCCUUAAAACAGAUAAUAGGGGAAAGACCAUCUAUAUCUUUGCUGCCUCACUGUCCGGUCAGUCUAUGACUUCACAGGAUGUGUAUUUGUGUAAGAACUCUGGUUUCAUGACAUCAAAUGACCUUAACCAGAAUGUAGGUGAGCUUUAGUCCUAACCAGGCAAAUAUUUCAUGGCUACAAUGCUUAUUUAUUGGGAGAAAUUGAGUCAUAAUUAAUUUAAUUCUUUUAAUCACUCCAUCAGUCACCUUUUGUUUUUUUACAACCAACUGCCCUGUGCACGCACAGGAUUGUGGGAUAUCAUAGGCAGUGAAGGAUAUCAAUGCUGCAAUCAUGAAGGCACCUCAAAAGUUACAGAAACAUCGGAUUCCUGUCUUGAUGCGGAUGCAGCUAAUAUUUAGUUCAACACCAAUGGGAUUUUCCAAUGAACUUUCUGCAGUUUGAAUCAUGAUUAAAACAACAUGGUGACAGACAAUGCAUAUGAAUGGAUCUCUAAACUAUGGAAGCCUGU